UAAUUGCUUCUUAAAAUUAGUAUAAUUUAAGAUCAUGAAGAACCCUCUACGCCUAAAGUCUGUGAAUCACAUUUCAAUAGUGUGCAAUUCAGUGGAGAAAUCUGUGGAUUUUUACCAGAAAGUUCUUGGGUUUUGUCCUGUCAAAAGACCUGCCUCCUUCAGCUUCCAUGGUGCAUGGUUGUUCAACUAUGGCAUCGGAAUUCAUCUGCUGCAAUCUGACGACCCAGAAAGCAUGCCCAAGAAAAGACCCAUCAACCCUAAAGACAAUCAUCUUUCAUUUCAGAGCGAGAACAUGGAAACGGUGGAGAAGCAACUAAAAGAAAUGAGAAUAGAGUACGUAAAGUGCGAGGUAGAAGACGACGGGAUCUUGGUGGACCAGCUCUUCUUCCACGAUCCCGAUGGCCUAAUGAUCGAAAUAUGCAAUUGUGAGGAUCUUCCUAUUUUGCCGCUCUCCGGCGUCGCCACCACACCUCGUUUGUGUAGCAUUCAACAAGUCGAACAGCGACAAAAGCUGCACCAAAUCCAAAACGCCGCCGUUCAGAUGAUGCAGCUACAACAGCUACUCAUUAGCAUCCCAUGCAAUGCAUGCACGUGAGAAAGAUCGAAACAGAAGAAGAAGAGAGACGAUUGAUUGAUUCUGUACGUGUUUGUCGUCGUCGUCAUCAUCGCUAUAAAAGAUGAUAAAAUUAAGGACAAUUUUGAGUUCUAUUGUGAUCGACUCGCGUUUUCUUUUA